ACACACACACACAAAAAAACCAACACUAGACAUGGUCAAGGUCAAGAGACAGGCGUGAGGUCAGGCGAUGAACAAUCAGGAUAUCAGAGACCAGGACAAAUCACAACUGAGAUAAACAAUCGAUAAUGAAACCCAUAAACAGCAAUCAGAAUAAAGGCUUGAUAGGCCAGUUGUGAAAACAGUGUGUCUGCUUGGAGUGUGUUUAUAUAGAGGUGAUUGGUAAUAGAGACCAGGUGUGUGUAAUCAGUAAUCUGACGAACGUGAACAUGACAUCAUGUGUGACAUGCAUGUGUGGGUGUGGUAGUCCUAGGAGUCCAUGUUUGUAGUUUGUGGUGCAUUCUGGUAUAUGGAGUAUAUGGUACAUGACACACGUUUUCCUCAUGUCUGCAUUCAAGGAACCCAGAUUCCUUCUGGGUUCUCCGGUUCCCACUCAACUCCCAAAAACAUGCUAUGUGGCUACAUCACACUUGGCUACAUUGCUCCGCUAUGGCAUCCCAUCCAGUAUUCCUCUUAAUAUUUUACUGUUAAUAAACCAAAAAAAUGCAUUAAUAUCUUUAAUAUUAAUAUUGAUUAUUUUUACUUAGGCACUGCGAUUUUAAUACAGGAGUAAUACAUGUCUCUCAUUAUUGGCUUCAUCAUAUUUCAGAGAAAAAGGACAACUGUAAGACUACCCUCAUUUUAUGUUGGAUGCAUGCUCCUUAGAAUUGACAGUAAAUAUGCCUUGUGAUUAGCAUGACAACAAACCUCAUACUGCGCUCACACUUCUUCUUUCUUUAGACGAGUUUAGUAAACACACAUACACACACCCACAAGCUGUAUCUUCUCAGGUUUAAACCUGUUAUUCUCCAGAGUACAGGACAUCUUUUAAGCAUUCACAUAAUUCUGCUAAAAGAAUCAUAACAAAGAAGAAGAUUUUACAAUGAAUAAAAUGCUUAUACAAGUGUUUGGCUUCUUGAUAUCCACUUUUGGUUGGUUUUUUGUGUCCUGCACGGUGGGAAUGGACUAUUGGAGAAUUAGCUACAUAGGUGGUCAAGGAGGCUCCUGGAUCAUUAAGGCUGCAUGGUACUGGUCCACCCUUUGGAGAGACUGCUAUGUAGACACCAGUGAUGUGACCAACUGCAGGGACUAUGACAUCAUGUGGGUUGUGAGGCCUGGAAGUAGGGCAGAACAGGGAUCAAUACAGGCCGUGCGGGCUUUAUUGCUUGUUGGAAUGUUUCUGGGACUUUUCGCGGCCAUGUUUUGCUUUGUUGGGAUGGACUGCACAUAUAUCGGUGGAGGGAAGAAAACCAAGUGCAAAAUAUUACUAAUAGGAACCGUUCUUCAUUUUGCUGGAGGUCUGACUUGCCUUGCUGCUUUCUGCUUAUUCACAAGUAGACUGGGAACAGCAGUAUUCACACGCAUGAAUAAUUCACGCCUCCUAAGGUAUUACAUAGGUCCUCCAGUAUUCUUUGGUUUGAUAGGCAGUGGUUGCAUAAUCUUGGGCUCUGUUCUGUAUGCUGUGACUCUCUACAGCGUCCUCACAGCAAAUAGAGAGACAGACAUUUCUCCUUCAAGAAAAUACAUUGCUCCUAAGACAUACAAGUCACAGAAGAAAGGUCAAACAUUAUACAACAGAGACGACGCAGCAUCAACUCAAACUAUGUCCUCCAGCCAAGUGUCAAGAAGUUCUAUAAUUCUGGCUGACGGAGAUUCUUUUGUUUGAAUGUUGAAGCAUGGACAAUAUUUCCAACACAGCAAAUAUUAUUUGUUAGCAUUAGAUGUGGAAAGUAACAAACUAUAUAUACUCUUAUGUAAAAAAGUUAUUAUAUACAAAGUCUACACCCCUGUUAAAAUUUCAGGUUUUUAUGAUAUAAAAAUGAAACCAAGAUUAAAUGAUGUCAGAGCUUUGGUGUGAUAUAAAAAAAAAAAUCACAAAAUUAAAGUGAAAAACAAAUAGAAACAUACAGCUGUCAUCCAUAAAGUAUUAUUCUAUAUGAUUAUUCUGAUUCUGAUUAACACCAAAUAAAGAUCAGCUCUUUCUAUAGGAUUUUCUUGACAUCUUCUUGGUUUCAUCUGACUGCUGAAGUUAUGGUCCACAAAAGAGUUUACAACGUAUGGGAUAUAAUUGUUGAAAGGUGCUGUACUGAUCACGAAAGAGGCACAAAAAAAAUCCAAGAUGUACUAUGGGACAAAAAUUUUUAGAGGUACCAUGGGACACUGUGAAGGCCAUCAUCAACAAGUGGAGAAACCUGGGCACCAGAGUGACAUUACCAAGAAUGGGACUUUCCUCCAAAAUUGACAAAAGGACAAAAAAAAUCUUAAGAGCGAGGCUGCCAGGAGAUUUAUAGCAACGUUAAAGGGGCUGCAGGAAUAUCUGGCAACUACUGAUCAUUUCCUGCAUGUGAUGACAACCUUCACUUGUCUGGGCUAUGGGGUAGGGUGCUAGAUGGAAGCCAUUUCUCACAAAAAAAAAAAUCCAAGCACACCUAAAUUUUGCUAAAAGAAACAUACAGUCACUCCAAACCAUGUGGCUAAAUGUGGUACGGUCUGAUGAGACCAAGGUAGAACUUUUUGGGGAUAAUUCUAAAAGAUAUUUUUGCUGCAAAAAUAAGAUCGCUUAUCACCAAAAGAACACCAGACACAUGGUGGUGGUAGCAUCAUGCUAUGGGGCUGCUUGUCUUGAAAAUGUAUGGAUGUAGACUUUUUAUAUCCACUGUAGUUCACUGUAAUGGUUGUAACUCUGACUUUUGUCUUAUCACCAUUACAGAAUAAAAAAACAAUAAUACAUUUUACAUCAGAAGACUUGUAAGCCAAUUAAAGGACAGUGUGCAAAUUUUAAAUAAUUCAACUUCAGUACUCAAUCCAACGCAGUUUCCUGAAACAAGUCUACAUUUCAGGCACCUAAUUUUUUAGUCAGCAGUAUCCUUAUCUGAGACAGUGGAGACAGACAACAAUCCCUGUCCCAAUUUAUAUGGUGUUUUCAAUUCUUCAGAUGAAACGGCAUGAUAAUGAUCUGUAUAUUACGUGAGCUGAAACCCAUGGUGAUAUCUGCAUUUCACAGCUUAACAUUCAACCUGCAGAAACAAACACGUAAGCCAUUAGCUCUUACUUUUCUCUUGCAUAUUUGUUUAACUAGUGAUUUAAUAAAACUGAAUAAGUUUUAAUAAAUUCUGCAAAACAAAUUACAUUGUUUAUACUGUAUUAAUAAAAAUAUCA